CGUCUCGCGUCGGCCCAGCGGCGCAGACUCUAUCGGAGUUUGCUUGCUACUGUUUGAAUUUGGAACAAUACGUCGCGAGUGCGCGUCAUUUGUGUUUUUAUUUUUUAUUUUAAUUAUCUGUGAUUUGUGCACGGAUUUAUUUUGACAGGACGGAACAGGAAUAUCUUUAUUCGGAUCAGAGAUAGACCUUGCUGUUCAUCAAUUUAAAACCACUGUUUCGUAUGCAAGGAGCUAGUGAGAACACAACGGACCGGGUUUAGAGCCCUAACUCUGAAGAUGAGGGCACUAACGUUCGUUUUGACGGUUGUCACGCUGUUUGUAGUGACACUCGCCCAAUCUGAAGGAAUAAAAGGAGACACAGUUGAAACAGCAAGCAGUUCCGCUAACCAAGAGGAUGACGAGCCCAAAGAAGCCUGGAUGCGUGCACCAGCGGGCGGUGUGGCUGUGAAGAGUGGGGAGGAUGCUUUGCUUACAUGCGUGGUCCUAGGCGCAAGAGGAAAACCUGUUCUAUGGAAAAGAGCGAGAGAUCUUCAAGUUCUAACAGCUGGUGGUGUAAGAGUAACUCGGGACGAAAGAAUUCAAGUCUUACACGAUGAUUCGGAAGAACCUCUUCAAGGACCGGGUAUUAUGAAAGGCGGAGAUGUGUGGGCUCUCGUCAUAAAGUCAGUCAAACCCUCCGACGCAGGCCUCUACAUGUGUGAGUUAAACACGGAACCACCCGUGAGAAGUUUUCAUAAGUUAACUGUAAUAUCACGAGGGCUCACUCCACCAGAAAACCAAAAUGUAACUGACAGCUAUUCUGCCAAUGUACCCACCAUGGCUCUCGCCCAUAAUUACACGGAUUGCUGUGUCUCUGCGAAUGUGACGAAGAGUUGUUUGGGCUACUGCAGCAUUCAAAGUAUCUUAGACGGACCUGGUCAGGAUCCGGAGGCCUGUCAAGUAGAUUUCCCUGCUAUUGUUAAGUGUAUGGCAGAUGGUCGCAACCACGUGCCUUGCUGUAUCCAAGAGCAUAUACCUGACAUAUGUCAAGACGUUUGUCGAGGGGAGUACUCGCCUGUGACCGAUAAUAUUAAGACCCAUUACUCAUGCGCUGCAUCUAUGGAGAAAACUUUAGCUUGCAUAGUUGAAGGCAUUGAACUACUUCCAAGUCCCCCAGAAGACGUCGAAGUAGAACCUCUAAAUGAAAAACAAUUAAACGUAUCAUGGAAUCCUCCAACAGAGAACACAGAAUCAGUGACUGAAUUUAUUGUCAACGUCACAACCUUGCGAUCAUUCGAUGCCCAUUUAAUAGAUCCCUCUGAGAGUUCGUUAAAAAAUGAUUCAAGCAAAAUGGUUCAAUCAUUUACAUAUAAAGUACCUUCGAAUAAAACAUUUCUGGUGUUGAACGACUUGCUACCGUUUACAAUGUACGAGGUCACGGUCACUUCAUACAAUAUUCAUGGCUCGAGUCUCCCAAGUUACGGAAUCAGAUCGUUAACAUUGACUCCUGGCAAGAGGAGGUCGACAGAAGUAGCAUCAGCACCCAAACUACCCGAUGUAAGAGGUUGUUGUAUAGACGCUGGCGUCAACCACUACGGCUGUGUUGAUAAGCUUUGUGAUCCAACCAAAACCUUCGAAAUAGGGUUGCAGGUGACAGACUUGAUGAUUUGCGCACCCUGGGCUGGUACAACUUUCGGCUGCCUCGCCAACGGCUUGGACCAUACUCCCUGUUGUCGGUCAAGAGGUCUACCAGACUCCUGCUUGCCACUAUGCAGUGGAAACAUCACGACAUUGGACUUUAAUCAUUUCAAAUGCCUUCGCUUCAUGAACUCCUACACCAAUUGUCUGCUGCAAGGCUACGGCGUCUUACCAGGGCCACCGUCUCGUCUCCAUCUCACCAAUAUCGACACCGACUAUGCUGUGGUACACUGGGCACCACCAGCAGCUCUAGCUGAUACUGUACAGUAUUAUAACUUGCACUACAAGUCGUUAUCAUCAGAAGAGGACUAUAGAACUUUGGGAAAGGUUCAAUCUCCAUAUAUCCUGGAAGAUCUGGAAUCAAACGCAGAUUAUGAGAUCUAUGUAGAUGCAGUCAAUGAACAUGGAGUUGGUGAAGCUUCACCAAGACUUAUAUUUAGAACGCAAAGUCAAGUUAUUGAAGAAGAAGAAGAGAACGCAAACGCAUACAACAUAACUGCUUGUUGUGAGAGAGUGCAGCUCUCUAGUGUGUGCAUGCCGCUCUGCUCUUAUGACGCCAAGAUGUCCGACCUCAGGACCCUCGCGCCGUUGUGUGAGCAGGAGUUCAAUAAACUUGUGAGGUGUGGCGCUGGAGGCCGCAACCACGAGACGUGCUGCGCGCGGCGCGGCGUGCCGGCGGCGUGUCGCGGCGCGUGCUCGGGCGCGUACAGCGGGCUGUUCUACACCUGCAUCGCGUACGUCGGGAACAUCGUGCAGUGCUUCGAGGAGGGCACUGGUUUUCUCCCUGGCCCUCCGCGUGAAGUCCACGCUGUUGUCUCCCACGACAAGCUGUUCCUUGAUUGGACUGCGCCGACAGAUGGCGCUAAUACCACGUCAUAUACCGUGCACUGGCAGAAAGUUGGCAAUAACACACAACCUUACUACUACAAUAGCGUGCAAUUGGACAAUCAAAUGAACGUGACACAAACUAUGGCUCGCAUUGAAAGUCUGGAAGUGAACAGCACCUACCACCUCUUCGUGGUAGCGGUGAACGAGCACGGCACUUCCCUACCGUCCAGCAUGUUACUCAUCAACAUCACUGAUGGUGACAAAGAAAACAAAGAGGUGUCUGGUAUCCCAUCUCCGCCACACUCGCUGUCAGUGUCGUCGCACUCGGCAACAUGGCUGGCUCUGAGCUGGCAGCCACCGCAGUUCUCUCUGCCCGAUGAGAAGAUAUCUUACACCUUGUACUACAAGAUGCCAAGUCAGAACAACCAGGGUAAUGUCACAAAGAUCGACACCACAGUGACAGGGCAUACUCUGGAGAAGUUGACGCCUAACACGCAGUACGUAGCCUGGGUGAAGGCUCACUCGGACGCUGGAGACUCUUUACCUUCAGAGACUUUGCUAGCAUGGACUGAUCCUGCGUAUCCUGCUUUUGUGGAGCCACCAACAAUUAACCCUGUGAACUUAGUGGUAGAAGGAACCAGCAUGACAAUACUCUGUAUUGCGAUGGGAACACCAACACCGACCAUCUCCUUGUACAUUUCUGGUCGCCUCGUAAGGCAAGAAGUGACACGUCACAUGGUGACAGUAGUCCACAACGUGACCAGAGACAUGGACCUCAUUUCGUGCUAUGCAGACAACGGUUACGGCACACCAAUGCAGGCAUCAAGAAAGAUCAACAUAUCUCAUAUACCAACAAUCCAAGCGUCUGGUAUCACGAUGGCUGCCGCUGGUGACUCCGUGAUCCUGGAGUGCAGGGUUGAGGCUCUUCCCAAGCCCACCAUUGCGUUCUGGAGAGACCCCAACGGUCGGACGCCUGUGAUCGAUGGACCCAAUUAUUCUAUACAAUUAAUUUCUGACCCUGAGGAACAGACGAAAUACACAAUGCGGUUGAUAAUCAAGAAGAUAACGGAAGCAGAUGAGGGAGAUUACUUCUGUCACGCAGAAAAUGCCUUCGGGAAGACUUUGCGACCAGUGUCCGUGCGGCUGAGGACCAGUAACCCUCACCACAACGUCACCGAGUGCUGUACUCAAAUGAAUGUAUCAUCAGCGUGUAUCGACGCAUGCAGCUUCCAUUUGGACAUGGACAACAUCAUGGACCGACCUGAGUGCAUGAAUGACUUCGACAAACUCAUGAAGUGUGCUGCAGAUGGAUCAGAUCACCGAAGCUGCUGCGCAUCUUGGGGCGUUCCACGGAACUGCCUUGAGCUAUGUCGCGGUGGACCGGUCUCCAGAACCUGCGCCCUCCAACAUGCAAGACGAGCUCUAGCCUGCUUCAGGGACUCUGGAGCUAAGAUGCCUGGACCACCUAGGAACUUGAAAGCACAUGCUGCACCUACCCCCAAUGCUGUUCUCUUGAGCUGGGAGCCCCCUCGCAAGAAUCCGGACACGGUGUACUUGUACCGUGUAUUCUGGCGAGCGUAUGGCGCAAAGGUACCAGAGAAGCUGGACACCAGCGAGACGAGCGUUGUUCUCACUGGGCUACAAGAUGAUGUAAAAUACGAAUGUGUAGUGAAAUCGGCAAAUGAUGUUGGUACUUCAUCCCUCAGCCAGCCAAUAAUGUUUACAACGGCUGGUCAGGAAACUGCUGCUGCAGCAGCUCCCGUGUCGUCUUCAGGAACUGCUUCAGCCGUUGGCGUAGCAGUGGCCUGUAUACUAGUAGCCGCUAUUCUGCUAGCUGCAGGAUUGUAUUAUAGGCAUAGAAAGAAUCUUAGACUGAAGGCUCAGGGUGGAGUCGCAUUUGAGAAUCCAAGCUACCUCCGAGAGCCAAAUCCUGACAACGCCGUCAAUGGCACGAUGCCAAACGGGACAGCUAAUGGUGAAAACGGCAUCGCAAACGGCAUUUCGAGUAGCGCAGCCUGGAGACAAGAAACUCAAAACCCCGGGACCACGUUGACAUCGGCCAGGGAAGUGGAUCCGUCCCUGUACGAGGAGCUGAAACUUGGACACGACGGCGCGGGCUUCAAGCGCCUGAAGCCAUAGCCCGCGGCGCGCCGCUCGCCGCUCCGCUCGCCGCGCCGCGCCGCGCGCGUGGCGCCCGCGCACUGAGCGGCGCGAGCGGCCGGCCGCGUCACGCGACACGCGUCACGCCCCUCUAACUGUACUUGUCCCGCUCAAUCCGAACUCCUACUCUUCGCUUCUUACUUCUAAUUUGAAGGAGUGGGACUAAAUACAAGAAUUCGUUUUGCAUUGAAAAUUUCGUUAGCAGCUGUUAGACAAGAGCAAAAUGCGUGGUGUUAUGUACGUCCAGUCAGUAUACCCGGCGCGAUGUCAGACUAGCGUUCUCUCACUCGCGCGCUGUAGGAAAAGGAACUCUCUUAGUGACCACCAAAAAUAUAUUUGUAGGAAUUUUGCGGGUACGGGAAAUGAGCAAUACAUUAGACACUGUGAGACGAAGCCGUGUCUGAGCGGAGGGUAGAUAAAUAUAUUUUCAAUACGUACCAUACUUAAUGUGAUGUAAACCAAAAAAAAAUCAUGUAAAUAUUGUAUUUACUAAAUAUCACAGUCGUUAUUGUUUGUUUCGAUUGUGGUUUUUAGCGAAAUAAUUGUAUUUAGUGUUAUGUAGCGUCAGUUUUGAAGAAGUAAUUUAGAAAUUUUCUAUAAAAAAAAUGUGCCUUCGAACAAUAUAUGAUGUAGGUUAGACUUAGUUACUUUUUGGUAUGUAAAAGUGUGACUAAUGUACAUAAACAUUCCAUAAGUACCUAAGUAGGGAUAACGAAUUAUUGUUUAUAUAUAAUGAUAUCAAAAUUUUAAAUAGUAACUGCAAAUAAUAAUAUGUACAUAGAUUAAAUCUUUGAAAGAAUGAUGUUUUUUUAUCGUCCAAAAGAAUAGACUCAUGAUUAUUUUGUUGUAAAAGAAAAUGUAAUGAAAUACACAUUUUAUAUGUUUCGGAGUAAUUUACUUUCAUACUACGUAUGUUUUUACAUGAAAAUAAUAUUUGAAGAGGCAAAAAUUUAAAAUUAUAGCGCCAUCUAUUGAGUAAUAAUAACAACUUUAAUUUAAUUAUUCUCUAAUAGAUGUCGCUUGAGUGAAUUUGAAAAUGUUUUAUAAUAUUCUUUGAUUUUAUUAAUAGCUAUUAUAAUUUACGUUAUUUAUCGAAAAAUGCUCGAGAUAUCGCUCCAUGAUAAUGGAUACUUUAGUCUUCCCCAAAAAUAUCGAGAAUUCCUCAAUAAAUAACGUAAAUUAAAGUAAAAUAUUUAAUAAUAAUAUUACAAGCACUUACGGUUCAUUUCCAUUUAUUUGGUACAAAAAUUCCUUAAAAACAUACGCAGUAAGAUAUAAUUUAAAAUUUGCUCAGAGGAGAAUGUGAUCGGUAAUUUUUAUUAGGAACUUCUUCCUAUUCUAUUAAAGUAAUUUAGAUAAAAGACGGAUGUGAUUAGAUUUGUAAAUAAUAUUAAUAAAAAAAAAUAUU